GCCACGGGCAGCGCCCGGUCCACGGCGCCCGCCUGGCUGACGCGCGGGGCCCAGGGUCCCCCAGCUGGCGCGCGCGGCAGGUGGCGCGCCGGGCGCACGCGGGCGGUUGAUGCGGGAAGGAAGAGGACGAGGACGAGGACGACGGACGGACCGGGGCCCCCCGCCGGGCCAGCCAGCCCCAGCCAGCCUCCUCUCGGUUCCGGUGAUCCGGUCUCCCACUUUCCGCGGCUCCCCUCCCCACCUCGUGCUCCCUCCUCCCCUUUCUUUCGCCCCGCGGGCCGAUUCCUACUCAUCAGCCGCGGCGGGAGAAGACAAGCGCCUUUCUCCCCGGAAUUCCGCGCCCACCACCACCACCACCACCUCCUCCCUCCCCUGUGCAUUUGGCAGCGCAGAUCCCGCCGCUCCCGUCCAGCCAUCCUCUUCUCCCUUGCUCUACUAGGCCUUGACUGUUCUCGACUCCCCAGUCACCAACUCGGUUUCCUCUUCCACGCCGCGUUCCGUUCGGCCGCUUGAUCCAACACGCCAGCAGCUGCUGCCGCGUAAAACACCGGGAAAUACCUGCCUUCCUUUCUGGUGUAAGCAAGUUUCAACUCCCGAAGUUUGCUGCUUUGGGUAAAUCUUUUCUGACCUUUCAGGUCUCAGCAUCACCAGGCCCCUUUUACUACCAAUCUUUCUGUCCGAUCACUGCAAUUUUAAGCUUCAGUCCCCUUUUUCGGAAAAUCCAGUCUCUGACAAAGCUGUUCGGCGGCUCAUGCACCAGUAGCUUCAGCUAAGAUCUCCCCAUGCCACAGACUCCUCCUCCUCCAGGACCGUCAGCCAUGGUAUAGAGCUAUAGCGCUGCUCCGGCCGGCCUGCCUGCCUAAGCUGCGGAAUUCGGGCCCCCUCCCCGGCUUCCCGCGCCAUGGACGGCCUCCCCGACGCCGACACGGCGCCGGUUGCGGCCGCGCCGGCGCAGAAGCGCGACGAGUGGAGCGAGAGCGGCAUCCUGCGCCUGCUCGAGGCCUACGAGGCCAAGUGGCUGCUGCGGAACCGCGCCAAGCUCAAGUGGAGCGAUUGGGUCGACAUCGCCCGCGAGGUGUCCGUGCAUUGCGCCGACGACGCCGCAGCCGCGGGGAAGCCCCCCGGCCAUGGCGGCGGCAGCAGCGCCAAGACCCCCAACCAGUGCAAGAACAAGAUCGAGUCCAUGAAGAAGCGGUACCGGGCGGAGGCCGCGGCGGCGGCGCGCGCGGGCCCCGCCGCCGCCGGCCCGACCUGGAGGUUCUUUGCCCGCAUGGACGGGCUGCUCAAAGGGCCGCCCGUCUGCUCUGCCCAGGUGCAGCAGCCCGAGCUGACUAGCAGCAUAGACUUGCGAGCUCCGGCGAAACCAGAGGCCGAGGUAGAACUAGCCGAUUUUGCCACGCAGUUGCGGGAGGCAGUUCCAGUUCCAGGUGCAUUCUCUGAUCUGAUGAACAUCGACACGAAUGGCGCUGUCCCGGAUAAAGCGGAGAAGGUUGACAACAGCAUGCAGAAGGAGAGCAGGCCUGCUGAUAGCGAUGCCAACGUGAGCUCCCCAAGGAGUAAGGUGGCCGACGAGGACGUGGAGGAGGUGGACAAGGCCUGGGACCGGCCCAGCAAGAGAAAGAGCACAGAAUUCGAUAUAGCCAAGAGCAUCGAGCUGCUGGCUAGCUCGUUCUUGAAGAUUGAGCACGCCAGGAUGGAGAUGUACAGGGAGACAGAAAGGAUGAGGGUUGAAGCUGAGAUUAAGAAGGGGGAGAUGGAGCUCAAGAGAACUGAGAUCAUGGCGAAAACGCACCUUCAGAUCGCUAGGCUUUUUGCAAAGAAAUUGAAACAGAGCAGUGGAAAGAAUGGUGUCAGUUCGUCAGUAACAGCUGAAGUGGACACCCUUACCAAGAAAGGCGAGAAUGGUUCCGGGUGAUGUGGCAUGCCCGGCAGUUGAUUCUAUCCUCAGCGUACAUGGCACCUCACUUUUCCUGUGCAGCAAGUGUACCGAGUCUGAUUGAGAAAUAGUCAGCUGUAAACUUACAGAUGCAAUAAUGGGAGCGAAGAUUUGACUGUUUGGCCCAUUGCGGGAUUAUAGAAGCGAUUUUUGAAUCAGUGACUUCCUAAGUCUGAAAGUUUCUGCCCUCUGUUCGUGUAGUAAUUUACUGACAAGUGACAACCACCAUUUGUAUAAGCACAUGCCCAUGCUGUGAAGAAAUGAAGCAGCAAUCACCAAUGCUGUGGUAAAAAUGUACUCCCCUUCAGGCCUCGAUGACCAGGUAGAACGACUUCUGCGUAAACGAGCCUUAGAUGUAAAUAUGCGAGCGAGACUUUUAUAGGCUGUUUGGUUUGAGGAAUGAUCUAGUCCAUCGUCUUCUCACUCCUCA